AUGGCAGUUCCAAAAAAACGCACCUCUAUUUCAAAAAAACGGAUUCGUAAAAAUAUUUGGAAAAGGAAGGGAUAUCGGGCAGCAUUGAAAGCUUUUUCGUUAGCGAAAUCUCUUUCUACCGGGAGUUCUAAAAGUUUUUUUUGUGUAACAAAUAAAUAA